ACCCCCCCCUGACUUUAAAGCUGUAUCCGCCCCUGAUCUCACUCCCACCUUCUUAAGAAACAGCCCUCGGGCGCCAGCCAGGUACCAUCGACCUGCGGUCGAGAUCCGGUGGAUUUGAAUUCUGAACGGUCUUUAAAGAGCCAGUAAACAAGCAAACAACGGCUUUGUGAGUGGUUCUCGGAAUUUCGCCCCCAACCGGUGAUUAACCAGGCGACUAUACAUGACCCAACACGUCCCAUGAUGGCCGAAGCCUACGAGGUAGUUGAAGAAAGCCCCGACGGGCCAUCGACUUUCCUAGUCAAACACCGGCCGAGCGGUCAGUUUUUCCAAGUUCAAGCCCUUUCCUUAGAGAAACUUAACGGCAAAUCGCGAAAGGCUCUGAUAAAGCAAAUUGAAAAUCGCGUGAACCUCAUCAACCCGCAUUUGGUGCAAUUUUACCCGCCGGUCCAACAGCAGGAGACCGUCUAUCUACGGCGCGAGCACUGCCCGGGAGGAAACCUGCAGAAAUUCACCAAAAACCUGCAAAAACCUCUGCACGAGACCUUCUUGUACAGAAUCCUGUACCAAACAGCGUUUGCCCUCAAAACCAUCAAAGCCUUCAUGGGCCCGCUGGACCUGAAAACCGUUUUUCUCGACCAGGCCUAUCAGGUCAAACUGUACAACUUCUCCACGGAUCUUCCAGAGAACAACGACGUGAAAAUGUCCCAACUGGGGGCCGUAAUUUUCCAGCUGGCCGUUUUGAAGGGUUUCGCAAAAUCCUCGUUCGAAGCCGACCUGGAAGCGACGCCCUACAGCGAAACCUUCAAAUCUCUGCUGACCUCGAUGAUAAAAGACCCUUCGCAAGUGAAGCGACGCAUCAACAAAAUCCUGUGCCAUCCGCAGGUUUUACUGCAGUCCAGCCAAUGGAGUCGGCAGCGCUGUUUCAUGGAAAAGGGUCCGGAUACUCUGGAGCAACGAGAAGCAGCCCUGCUAAUAAAAGAGCGGCUGCUGCAGAAGCAGGAGCGCCUGCUGGAGCAAAGGGAACUCAAGCUACAGAGUAUGGAACGAGCGGUGCAAGGCAAGUUGGUUCAAGCGGACGCGUACUUGAAACGAUGCAAAUCUGCAGGAAGCGAAAGCUCCCGGUCGGGUUCCAGCGCGAAAAACCUGGCGCCCGGACGGGCUGAGGAAGAACCCAGCUAUAUCAGUUGUGGGGACUCGGAUGUGUUUCCGACCAGCUCGAAGCUGCAAGUUGGGAAAAUUGCCAAGCCCGUGGGCUUCGCCAGAGCAUUGUCGGAACGGAGGAUACGCUUCAAGACUAGUCCUUUGAAAGACCGCAAUUUUAUCAGGAAAAGUCUCAGGCAGCCCAGGAUAGUGGAGGAGCCAAAAAAAGGGAGCCUUGAAACUGCUAGGAGCAGGAGGAGUGUCUUGUUUCCGUCAAACAACUGCGAAAAGCCCCAAGUUGGGUGGACCCAAGAAGCGAAAAAGCACGCCUUUGAAAUGCUGCGGAUGUUGAACAGUGGGGGACAGGAAAAUGUUAAGCACACAGUGCUGUAGACAGUUCGAUUUAAAUAAACAUGAAGGUGGCAACGAUUUAGUCACAAAAUCUA